CUCAUUGUCAGGGCGAAGGCUGGAAGAGGAGCACAGAUCUGAGAGGGAAGAUGGACCCAAGGGACAAUCAGGGUCUGAGUUUGAAGAUCUGAAGGAAAAUAAAAACAACAACUCUUGAAACUAAACGCUCGAGCAUCAGUGACUCCCUCAAUCCACACGUGAGCAGACAUUGGUGCAGAAUGCCCCGCUCCCCGAGGUUUUCCCUCAGCAGCAGAAAGUCUCAGGCGUCACCCCCUCAGAAUGAAGACAGAGACGCCUGUUUUCCUGAGCAGGACAUCAACACUUUCAGCUUGAGGAUUGCAGCUCAAAAUAGAAGACACAGCGCUGAUGGGACCCUUGGUUCUGGGUCAGAUCGAGACCCCGUGGUCCGUUUCUACCCGUACUGUCGACAGCUCAGUGAUGGAGCAGCGGAGGCUGAAGGCUACCUCCAACAGAGCACCUCCUCCUUCGGCAGCCUGCAAGAAGUUUUCAGCUCUGACACGUGUUCUGGCAGUGGUGAUGUGCCAGCAACCUGGGAGCAGUUCAACAGCAGCGUUCAGAGUUUAUACUCCGACCCACCAGUCGCACCUGUGGAACCUUAUAGCUCUUUCUCUCAGAGUUAUCCAUCCUACAGCUCACUGAGCCCUCUGCAGCAGGUCUCAUCUAAGCUCUAUGUUAAUGAUAACCAACCAGAGAACUCUAAAUAUUCCCUUCAGAGCCUCUCUACUAAGUCACAUGUGGAGAGCUCCACACAGUCCCUCUUCCCCAAGCCCAUCUACUCCUACAGCAUCUUGAUUUUUAUGGCUCUGAAGUACAGCAAGACAGGAAGUCUGCCAGUCAGUGAGAUCUACAGCUUCAUGACGGAACAUUUCCCAUAUUUCAAGACGGCUCCUGAUGGAUGGAAGAACUCGGUGCGGCACAAUCUCUCCCUGAACAAGUGCUUUGAGAAAGUGGAAAACAAGAACGGGAACACUUCUCGUAAAGGUUGCCUCUGGGCUCUCAAUCCGGCCAAAGUGGAGAAGAUGCAGGAGGAGCUGCACAAGUGGCGUCGCAAAGAUCCUCUGACUGUUCGCAGGAGCAUGGCAAGGCCAGAAGAUCUUGAUCGUCUUUUGGGAGAAAGGCCAGACAAGGUCAGGUCUUUGCAGCAUCACAACGCCAGAGUUGCCCCUAUUUACAGCCCCAACUCAUCCUCUUCAACUCCUGCCCAGCCUCAAGCAGCACGCCAGUCACAGUAUGCCCCCAUUCAGCCGCAGCAGCCCCACUUCCUCCCCCUGGCAGCUGCUCACCCCAGCAAUUCAUUUUUCCUGUACUCUCCCUGUGGACAGCAGCCCACAGCGGGUGUCCCAUCAGCCCCUGGAUGUCUGAACUCUCCCGUGGCUGGGAAGAUGCCACCUGUUUACAGCGUUACAUCGCCCGACUACAGCACUGGACCGAGAGGCAUGCAGGAGCUGCUGCAGGAGGGGGACACCGCCUACGACAUCGAUACGCUCAACCCAAGUCUCACUGACCUGCAGCUGCAAGGCAGCCUUUGGGAGGAGUUAAGACAGGAGAGCUUGGUUUCAGAGCCACGCCUGACCUCCACCUCCUUUGUCCUGCAGGACCACCACGUCCAGACCAGCUGCCUACAGCCCCCACCUUCUUCCAGUCACACCUCUGCAAGGUCUGUGGGUGGUUGUUGCAAAGCAGCAUAUGAGGAUGAGGACGUUGACAGAAGCUACUGGAACGGAUGGCAUCCUGUGGGUUAUUCAGGAGUGGAGAGUUUGUCUGGACAUCUAACCUCCUGCACAACAUCUGUCUCUUUGAUGUAAACAUUUCCGUCAGCUCCCCUGUUUUUCUCUAAGCUUUUGUUUUAUUCUCGUUAAUAUUAAACAAAAAAUAAUUAAAGGUGUCACAAAUGAACAAGCAAACAGCAGAAUGUUGAAUUAAAAACAUCCCUUUACUUUAUUUUGACAUUUCUGUUGUAAAAUUUGGUAGCUUGUGUAUUUAUUAACCUGGAAACCAUGUUUAAUUUUUCAUGUAAAAAAUGUCUCGUUAAAAAAAUAAUUUCAAGAAUGUAAAGGAUUCACUUUCUCGUUUGUAACUGUAUCAGCUCCUUUUCUGAAGGGAGUAAAUGAAAAAAAAAACCUGCUGAAA